CUGAAAUGGUGAGACGCACGCAGCAACGCACCUCUUAACUUUUUUUUAAUUAACCCAAUGACAAAAUUCCUAGUGAUUAGAUUAAUUCAUAGUAGUCAAUAUGUGAGUGCAGGUGUUGAAUUUAUGAAUUAGAUAAUAUAAUAAGAGUGUCACGUGAGGAAGAACGAGAAAACUGACGACGAAGCAUUGCUCACUCGUAUCUCCGGACAUUCAGCGAAAAAAAAAAAUUAAUUAACCACUAACUAAAAAUCGUCAUCACACCACAAAUGACCUGCAUUUCACGUGUGUCGAAGUGCGAGUGUUGAGAGUAGAUUGAGAUUCAAGAUCAAAAAGAGAAAAUGAUUGUCAAAAUAAAAUGAAAGAAUGAAACGUGACACUGUCAUUACCUGCGUGGAGCCAAACCGCAGAACAAGAACGUUUAACAACUGCAUAAAUCUGUCAAGAUAUUUUUUAUUACUCGAAUGUGCAUCGAUGUGAUUCGUAUUUUCAUUUACAAUUCACUCUGUGGACGAUGGAAUCCGUGGCUUUUCUGCUUUUAUUUAUUUCAAACUAGAAGAAUAUUCUGUAUAUGAAUGAAGAGUGACCAAUUGGAUUUAAAUGGCUUGCGCUUGCUCGCACGAGUAUGAAGACAUUAUGACGACGGUGUUGGAUGGGAGUUAUCAACAGCUGGACCCUUUUUCGGAGGGUGAAGCUGGUGGUAAUGAUGACGAGCGUGAAGAGACACCACACGAGUCCGGAGUAAUGAUUCACGUGGUGCCGGAGGGUGGAAAAGCCAGAUGGAAUCACAUCGAGGACUUGGACUCGUUCUUCACGCGAAUGUAUCAUUACCACCAGAAACACGGAUUCGGUUGCAUGAUGCUGCAGGAGGUCCUCGAACUAGGGCAGUUCAUUUUCGUCGUCGCAUUUUCCACCUUCCUGUUUCACUGCGUAGAUUAUUCGAUUUUAUUCAAGGAUAAAUUGAUCGAAAACAAUUCGCACAAAACAACUAUUGCAGACGCAAUCCUCAGCAGCAAGGAGAUCAUAGACUCGAUGGGGCUUGUCACGUGGCUGUGCAUUCUGGUAGCUGGAAUUUUCUGGAUUCUACGACUUGUCAAAGUUCUCUAUCAUCUCACACAGUUCUGGGACAUAAAGAAUUUUUUCAAUGUUGCCCUGAAGAUCGCCGACAGUGACCUCGACAAUCUCACGUGGCAUGAGAUACAGAAGAGGGUGAGGGAAGUGCAGAAGGAGCAGGAAAUGUGCAUUCACAAGAGAGAGCUCACAGAGUUGGAUAUUUAUCAUAGAAUACUGAGGUUCAAGAACUAUAUGGUGGCUAUGAUCAAUAAGUCAUUGUUACCAGUUCGAUUGAAAGUUCCUGUUAUCGGAGAAGUUAUUUUUAUGACCAGGGGAUUAAAAUAUAAUAUGGAGCUAUUGCUAUUCUGGGGCCCAUGGUCACCUUUUGAAAACAAUUGGCAUUUGAAAGAAGACUACAAAAAAUUAAAUAAACGCCAAGAGCUAGCCCGAGCCCUCUCCAAACACAUCCUCUGGGUUGGAAUAGCAAAUCUGAUUCUCUGCCCAGUGAUAGUCCUCUGGCAAAUUCUCUACUCUUUCUUCAAUUACGGAGAGAUAAUAAAACGUGAGCCCGGAACACUGGGCACUCGAAUGUGGUCACUCUACGGUCGUCUGUACUUACGUCACUUCAAUGAGCUAGACCAUGAGCUGAACGCCCGCCUGAAUCGUGCAUACCGUCCAGCCUCCAAGUACAUGAGUAUUUUCACCUCGCCAGUGAUGACAGUUUUGGCAAAAAAUGUGGCAUUCGUAGCAGGAAGUAUCCUAGCCGUUCUGAUAAUCCUGACAGUCUACGACGAAGACGUUCUGUCAGUCGAGCACAUCCUGACGACAAUAACCUGCCUGGGUGCCCUGGUAGCAGCUGCCAGGGCUUUCAUCCCCGACGAAAACCUCGUAUGGUGUCCUGAGACACUCCUCACUGCUGUCCUAGCCCACACGCACUAUCGUCCUGACAGCUGGAAGGGCUACGCCCACACCCAAUCGACAAGGUCUCAAGUGGCUCAACUGUUCCAGUACAGAGCUGUACAUCUUAUCGAGGAACUCCUCUCACCCCUCUUCACACCUUUCAUCCUGUGCUUCCUCAUGCGUCAACGUGCCCUGGACAUUGUCGAUUUCUAUCGUAAUUUCACGAUUGAAGUCACUGGUGUUGGCGAUGUCUGCAGUUUUGCUCAAAUGGACGUCAGAAAACAUGGAAAUCCCAUGUGGCAGACCCUCCCCAUCACUCCUAUUGACGAUAAAACAGAGGAAUACGAUAAUUUUGGUAUUCCAGCACCGAUGUCCAAUCAGUAUACUCAGGCUGAGGAUGGAAAGACAGAGCUGUCACUCAUUCAUUUCACCCUGACUAAUCCAGAGUGGAAGCCACCGAGUCACGCUGAGAAUUUUGUUACUGCCUUGAGGGAGAGGGCCAAGAGGGAAGUCAGUGUUGUACCUGGAGAGGUGAUAAAUCCACUGAUGAGUAGCUUGAACAGUCUGUCGAGUUUGGGGCCUGGGUACAAUGAUAUUGUUGCUAAUAUCAUCAGGGGAUCGGUUGUCAAUAAUUUGAGUCUUCAGGGGGCUAGUCAGGUGUUUGGACCUGCAACUUCUUAUGGGGAGACUGAGACUGGGGGUGGCAGGGAGGAAGAAUUCGUCAGGAGGGGAAUGAGCAAAGCAGAGGGACCACUGCACUGUGAGAGGGGUUUGCUCUAUGAACUCCAGCAGGGAAUAUCUAAUCAGUCACUUGGGGCUUCUGUAUUUGGCUCUGGACAAGAGCUGACUGCUGAUCUUUCGGUUUCUGUGGAACUCACUGCGGCUGAUAUGUCGCUUUCUACUUUGUACCUGCAUGAACUGCAUCAUAGACAAGUGAGAAGAAGAGGCUAUCAUGAAAUGGCAACUAGGAGUAUAUGGCAGCGUAGUCCUCUUCAGGAAUUAGCAACUCUCCCUGAGGUGCGUCAGGAGCGAGCUCCUCUUCUGAGACACCAAGAUUCAUCGAUAAGAACCACCAGAGACUCCUAGCAUAAGACCACAACUUUUGUUUAGCUAUCGGCUAGCUGAAUUCGGUGCAAUUUUCAUGACCAUUACCUAAA